AUGUCCACAGAAGCCGCCACCAACCCCAGCCCGCGGAGCGAGAAGUCAGUUUCUGCGCAGCAUCCUCUAUCGGCCUUAUCGGCAUCAGAACUUCGGAAUGCCGCGGCAAUCAUUAAAGCUUCAUGGCCUGCACACACAGAUCUGCACUUCAAAGUCGUUACGCUGCAGGAACCACCAAAGGCUGAAGUACUGAAGUACUUGGAGGCUGAGCAUAGCGGCAAGCCAGUUCCAUCUGUCUCAAGGAAAGCGUUUGUUAACUACUACAUUCGGAAUACUAGCAAGUUUCACGAGGCCGUUGUAGACCUGACCUCAGGGCGUGUCGACUCCAAUAUCUUGCUAGGACCUUUCGUCCACGCCAAUGGAGAUGGCGACGAGAUUGUUGAGAUCGAAAAACUCGUUCUGGCAGAUGAGAAGGUGCAAGCCGAAAUAGCCAAGCUCGAGUUGCCCAAAGGCACAGUAGUGAUUAGCGAUCCCUGGAUCUACGGUUCUGAUGGUGUCGGAGACGAAGACCGACUGUACCAAUGCUUCCUCUACUUGAGAGAUCCUAUGAACUCAUCAGAGGCCGACUCCAACCACUACGCAAUGCCCCUUCCAAUCUCACCUGUUGUGAGCACAGAAAGUAUGCGUGUCAUCCGGGUUGACUUGCUACCAACUGGAGCAGACAACACAAUCAAACCAGUUGAGAAGUACAAGAUACAACCGCCCAACGAGUAUAUACCCGAGGCCCAGACGCUACGAACCGAUCUCAAGCCGCUUAAUGUCGUUCAACCCGAGGGUGCGAGCUUCCAGGUCGAACAGCAAGGCACAUCGAGCGUCAUUUCAUGGCAAAAAUGGAACUUUCGAGUUGGCUUCAACCAGCGCGAAGGCAUGGUGCUGUACGACGUCCGUUACGAUAACCGUAGUUUGUUUUACCGAUUGAGCUUGAGCGACAUGAACAUUCCAUAUGCGGACCCGAGGCACCCCUUUCAUAAAAAGAGUGCGUUUGAUUUGGGCGAUGUUGGUGCCGGCAUCAUGGCGAACAACCUCAAGCUGGGCUGCGACUGUCUGGGCUCCAUCUACUAUCUAAGCGCAGUGUUGGCCGAUAACAAGGGUGAUCUUGUUGAAAUGCCCAAUGUUGUCUGUGUUCACGAGCAAGACGCCGGAAUCGGUUUCAAGCACACCAAUUAUCGCACAGGCCGUGCCGUCGUCGCCCGAAAUCGCGAGUUGGUACUACAGAGUAUCAUCACCGUAAGCAACUACGAGUACAUCCUGGCCUUCAUUUUUAACCAGGCCGGAGAAAUCGACUAUGAGAUCAGAGCCACUGGUAUUCUGAGCACCCAGCCUAUCGACGAGGGUGUGGAAGUGCCCUUUGGUACAGUAGUGCAUCCAGGUGUGUUGGCUGUCCACCACCAGCACAUAUUCUCGUUGCGUGUUGAUCCCAGGCUCGACGGCUACGAUAAUCGUCUGGUAUAUGACGAAGCGUUUGCGAUGCCGCGUUCGGACUUCAACCCCCAUGGCACUGGCUACUAUGUCCAGGAGACCGUCGUGGAGAAGUCUGGUGGUUAUGACAUUGCGUACGAGAACAACCGUACCUUCAAGAUUCAGAAUCCCAACGUGCGAAACCCUGUUAAUGGAAAACCAGUCGCAUACAAGAUACAGGCGCCACCGUUCCAGAAGAUCCUAUCAGACAAGGACUCAUUCAACUACAAGCGCGCCGAGUUUUCGGACCACAACAUAUAUGUCGUCAAGCACAAAGACGGCGAACUGUAUGCGGGUGGGCUGUACACCAAUCAAUCUCGAGGCGGAUCUGGUGUACGUUCAUGGGCAGAGAGGAACGAGAACGUCAAGGACACCGACUUUGUGGUCUACAUCCAAGCGGGAAUCAACCACGUUCCUAGGAUCGAGGAUUUUCCUGUGAUGCCGUGUGAGAUUAUCAAGAUCCACAUGAAGCCGGUCAACUUUUUCGACAAGAACCCUGCGUUGGAUGUACCGCCAAGCGAGCAGGCGUUUAACAAGAGUAGCUUGCUGAGCGAGCAGCACCAGCAACCUAGUGUGACUGCGACAAUUGGUGAGGAUGGUCAAUGUUGUGCGCCGACGACGGCGAAGUUGUAG